GCAAAGACAAGCGCUGAUUGGCUACUCGUGGUGUUGUUGAUUGUUGACGGUCUCCACCUGCAACGGGUAGGCGCAAACCAUCAGUGCACCUUCCUGAACUAUCUACCGACCGCCUUCCAGACUGUCUUCCUUCUCUCUCUCGUUCUUCACGUCCUCUUCAUCAAUACUCUGCUAUCUUCUUUUCGCCAGAUUCAGUCUGUUGUCUCAAAACCGGCUAUCAGGAGUCGUCUUCUCUUCUCCUUUGAAGUCUGCGUUGAAUCAUCACCAUGCGAGGCGAGGUUUGCCAUAUCCAUAUUGGCCAGGCUGGUACUCAGCUUGGUAACAGUGCCUGGGAACUGUACCUUCUAGAGCAUGGUCUCAAGGCUGACGGGCGUCUCGAUCCCGAGCUGCCUGAAUCGCACAACAACGGAGGCUCUUUUGAAACCUUCUUCACCGAGACGAACAGCGGCAAAUACGUACCUCGCUCUAUCUUCGUUGAUCUUGAUCCAUCGCCUAUUGACGAGAUCCGCACUGGCACUUACCGCCAGCUCUUCCACCCCGAACUCUUGAUCAGCGGAAAGGAAGAUGCCGCCAACAACUAUGCUCGCGGUCAUUAUACCGUUGGCAAGGAACUCGUGGAUAGCGUCGUUGAUCGAGUUCGUCGCGUUGCCGACAACUGCAACUCGUUGCAGGGGUUCUUGAUCUUCCACUCCUUUGGCGGUGGUACCGGGUCUGGCUUUGGUGCACUGCUCCUGGAGCGUCUUUCGGCCGAAUAUGGCAAGAAAUCCAAGCUGGAGUUCUCCAUCUACCCCUCCCCCCGCGUGUCGACUGCCGUCGUUGAACCCUACAAUGCCGUCUUGUCCACUCACAGCACUAUUGAGAACUCGGACUGCACCUUUUUGGUUGACAACGAAGCUGUCUACGAUAUCUGCCGUCGCAACUUGGACAUUCCCCGCCCUGGCUAUGAGCACCUGAACCGUCUGAUCGCCCAGGUAGUCAGCUCUAUCACCUCGAGUCUCCGAUUCGAUGGCGCUCUCAAUGUCGAUUUGACUGAGUUCCAGACAAAUCUGGUGCCAUUCCCUCGUAUUCACUAUCCCCUGAUCUCUUAUGCGCCUGUAGUUUCGAGCAACCGCAGUUCCCAUGAGAGCUUCAAGGUGCAGGAUCUUACCUUCCAGUGCUUUGAGCCCAACAACCAGAUGGUCGUGUGCGAUCCUCGUAACGGCAAGUACAUGGCCGUUGCCCUUCUGUACCGUGGUGAUGUCGUUCCUCGCGACUGCACUCAAGCUGUUGCCGCCCUCAAGGCAAAGGCAUCCUUCAACCUGGUCGAAUGGUGCCCCACCGGCUUCAAGCUGGGUAUCAACUAUCAGAAGCCAGUGCGUGUUCCUGGCAGCGAGCUGGCCCCGUCGACCGCUCCGUCAGCAUGCUGUCCAACACCACUUCUAUUGCCGAGGCGUGGGGUCGUCUCGAUCACAAGUUCGACCUCAUGUACUCGAAGCGUGCCUUUGUGCAUUGGUAUGUGGGUGAAGGUAUGGAGGAGGGCGAGUUCUCCGAAGCUCGUGAGGAUCUGGCCGCAUUGGAGAAGGACUAUGAGGAGGUCGCCAGCGAUGGUAUGGAGCCAGAGGAAGAAGGGGUCGAGUACUAAAUCGCCCUUUCUUGCUUUGUCCGCUCGCCAUCUUCCGAUGAAUCCGCUUCCUGUGUCUCUGUUUUUCCUGCCAGGCUCUGACUGUAUUCCAUCCUUCCGCUUGCGACAACCCCUCUUGUUAAUGCUUUUCCUAGCGUUGAUCUUCAGUUUUUAAACUUUCCUGUAAAAAAGAAACAGGCAGUUAUCGCGAAGUAUUAGAAAUAAUCCAGUAUGCCACUGUUUGUCUAUGU